AUGGCCUCUGGGAAACCAGUUGUGUUUUCAAUUGACAAAAUCCUGGAGCCUGGGGGCACCAUCAAGGACACCCAUGCUUCUCCACCAGGUGGAGCUGAGAGUGACUCUUCUGAAGCACCCAAGCCUCAGGGCAGAAGAGCCAGAAAGCCAGGCAUUGACAGGAAACCAAGACAGGCCUACAGUGCCAAGCAGUUGGAGCGCCUGGAGGCAGAAUUCAAGCAAGACAAGUACCUGAGUGUCAGCAAGAGAAUGGACCUGUCCAAGACCCUCAACUUGACAGAGGUCCAGAUCAAGACCUGGUUCCAAAACAGGCGCACCAAGUGGAAGAAGCAGAUGACUGCCAGGAUGAAGCUGGCCCAGAGACAAGGACUGCUGGCCCCAUUUUUCCCACCUGCUGGCCCUGCUCCUGCUGCCCCUUUCCUGCAUCCCCUCUCAGGGAUCCUCUCAGUCAUCAAGCCUACCUCAUCCCUGGUGGUCAUGGCCUCUGGGAAACCAGUUGUGUUUUCAAUUGACAAAAUCCUGGAGCCUGGGGGCACCAUCAAGGACACCCAUGCUUCUCCACCAGGUGGAGCUGAGAGUGACUCUUCUGAAGCACCCAAGCCUCAGGGCAGAAGAGCCAGAAAGCCAGGCAUUGACAGGAAACCAAGACAGGCCUACAGUGCCAAGCAGUUGGAGCGCCUGGAGGCAGAGUUCAAGCAAGACAAGUACCUGAGUGUCAGCAAGAGAAUGGACCUGUCCAAGACCCUCAACUUGACAGAGGUCCAGAUCAAGACCUGGUUCCAAAACAGGCGCACCAAGUGGAAGAAGCAGAUGACUGCCAGGAUGAAGCUGGCCCAGAGACAAGGACUGCUGGCCCCAUUUUUCCCACCUGCUGGCCCUGCUCCUGCUGCCCCUUUCCUGCAUCCCCUGUUUGCAUCAUUUUAUUCUUCUUCUUCAGGCAGCCAUAAUCAGACACUGAUGGAGGAGCAUCAGCAAGCUCAUUUUGGUUCCUUCAUCAGGGCAUCUUCAUCUCCCCCCAAAUAA